GAAAGUUCACAAGUUAACGAAUGCUAUUAUGCUCUUUUUGAACAAAAUAAUAAAGGAGUAUUUUGGGUCUUGAUUAUUGCAAGAUCUGCCUUCAGUACGGAUAAACUUAUGAAGUAUCAUAUAAAUCAAUACUUGGUAGAUUUUAAAAAUGGUGGCCCCAGCUAUAGUUUGGCAGAAGCAAUCAUGACCAAUGAACUUGCAGGUCAUUCCCAGAAUGAACAAUCAAGGCAAUCCUCAUCCAAAUCUAAGCCUAUGCCUGCAACUGCCUUCCAAAAUUUUUCAUCAAUAAUGCUUUCUCAAGAUGAGAUAGAUGAAUUAUUUGAAGUCAAUCAAUAUUAA